GUUUGGAAUUCGAAUGGAAUUCGAAAGCCAUGAGAGAAACCAGUCAAAGAAUUGGACUCAGGAAAACUCAUCUUCCACUGAUACUCCGAUGCAAGACUUUCUUGCCCAAGAAGAGAAAAUAAGAAAAAAAUAUACUGGAAAAAGUGUGAAGCUAUUCAAAGGUAAAGUACAAGUAAAUGAAAACUAUUUAACCCAAAACAAAGGAGAAGAUGCUAUAAGAAGACAAAAUGGACAAAAUGACAAUGGGACAUUCAUUCUUUCUCUUGGGAAUAACUUCCUUACAGCUCAAAAAGAGAUUGACACAAAAGAGAAGCCUUAUAAAUGUUUGGAAUGCGGAAAAUAUUUUAGGACAAGCAGGAAACUUACUUCCCAUGAAAGGAUCCCCACAGGGGAGAAACCAUUUAAAUGCAUGGAGUGUGGAAAGACCUUCGCUCGAAGAAGUAAUCUUAUUUCCCAUAAGAUGAUCCACACAGGGGAGAAGCCAUAUAAAUGCAAGGAGUGUGGAAAGAUGUUUACUCAGAGCAGAGACCUAAAAAUACACAAAAGGAUCCACUCAGGAGAGAGACCAUAUAAAUGCAUAGAGUGUGGAAAGACCUUUGCUAAUAACAGUAACCUAAGAAGACACCAAAUGAUCCACUCAGAAGAGAAACCAUAUAAAUGCAUGAAGUGUGGAAAGACCUUUACUCAAAGAGGUCAUCUUAUUUCCCAUAAGAUGAUACACACAGGGGAGAAGCCGUAUAAAUGCAUGGAGUGUGGAAAGACCUUUGCUUAUAACAGUAACCUAAGAAGACACCAAAUGAUCCACUCAGAAGAGAAACCAUAUAAAUGCAUGGAGUGUGGAAAGACCUUUGCCCACAGCAGUGGCCUUAGAAGCCACAAAACUCACCACACAGGAGAGAAACCAUUUAAAUGCAUGGAGUGUGGAAAAACCUUUACUCAAAGAAGUAGUCUUAUUUCCCAUAAGAUGAUACACACAGGGGAGAAGCCGUAU